AUGGAUUUAAAUGGGAGCCAGGACUAUGGGUCCUAUCCAACAGGGCUACCCUAUAACACAAGCAUGGACUACGAGGACUACUACCAGGAGCCUGAUGCCAGUAAAAUCAUCAUCCCAUCCAUCUAUGCUUUUGUCUGUUGUGUAGGUCUUACUGGCAAUGCCAUGGUCAUCUAUGUUAUUCUGAAAUAUGCCAAAAUGAAAACAGCCACUAACAUUUACAUCCUUAACUUAGCUAUUGCUGAUGAGUUGUUUAUGUUGAGUGUUCCUUUUCUAGCUACAUCAGCCGCCGUUCGCCACUGGCCCUUUGGGUCAUUGAUGUGUAGGUUGGUUCUGAGUGUGGAUGGUAUCAAUAUGUUCACAUCAAUCUUCUGCCUGACUGUGCUGAGUGUGGACCGCUAUGUGGCAGUGGUCCACCCAAUCAAGGCGGCCCGCUACCGCAGACCCACUGUAGCCAAAGUAGUUAAUGUGUGUGUCUGGGGGCUGUCGCUCAUAGUCAUCCUGCCCAUCAUUAUCUUCGCAGACACUGUUCCUGCACAGGAUGGUGGUGUGGACUGUAACUUCUUGUGGCCUGAAGCAGCAUGGUCAGAGGCAUUUGUAGUGUAUACCUUCUUGUUGGGUUUUCUGUUGCCGGUUGGAGCUAUCUGCUUAUGCUACUGCCUAAUGGUGGCCAGGAUGCGAGCAGUGGGGCUAAAAGCAGGCUGGCUUCAACGGCGGCGCUCAGAGAAGAAGAUCACCCGCAUGGUGCUGUUGGUUGUGGCGGUGUUUGUUCUCUGCUGGAUGCCCUUCUACAUCGUCCAGCUGAUCAGUGUUUUCCACCGGCCGCCAGACCCCAUGGUCACUCAGCUUUUUGUAAUCCUCAGCUAUGCAAACAGCGGUGCCAAUCCUAUCCUGUACGGCUUUGUGUCCGACAAUUUCCGGCGUUCAUUCCAGCGCAUUGUGUGUUUCCGGUGGCUAGAAUCUGGGCUGGAUGCGGAGCAGGUGGAUUACUGUGCUGUAGCACUGAAGAGACAAGCAACAUGUAGUCCUCUGGAUUUUCCCAAAGACUGUAUGGCCUCUGAUAUGGUGUUUCGGAAUGGAACUUAUACCUCCCGUACAACCACAGUGUAA